GGUGUCCUGAAAAAUGGCUGAUGAUAUUGAUAUUGAAGCAAUGCUUGAAGCUCCUUACAAGAAGGAUGAGAACAAAUUGAGCAGUGCCAAUGGCCAUGAAGAACGCAGCAAGAAGAGAAAAAAGAGCAAGAGCCGUAGUCGAAGCCAUGACAGGAAGAGGAGCAGAAGUAAGGAACGCAAACGGAGUCGAGAUCGGGAAAGGAAAAAGAGCAGAAGCCGGGAAAGGAAACGGAGCAGAAGCAAAGAACGCAGACGCAGCCGUUCUAGAAGUAGAGAUCGCAGAUUCAGAGGCCGCUAUAGAAGUCCCUAUUCUGGUCCGAAAUUCAACAGUGCCAUCAGAGGGAAGAUUGGUCUGCCUCACAGCAUCAAAUUAAGACGACGCUCCAGAAGCAAAAGUCCCUUCAGAAAAGACAAGAGCCCUGUUAGAGAACCUAUUGAUAAUCUUACACCUGAAGAGAGGGAUGCUAGAACAGUAUUCUGCAUGCAGCUGGCUGCAAGAAUUCGACCGAGAGACUUGGAAGAAUUUUUCUCUACUGUAGGGAAGGUUCGUGAUGUGCGAAUGAUUUCAGAUAGAAAUUCCAGGCGUUCAAAGGGAAUUGCUUAUGUAGAAUUUGUUGAUGUUAGUUCAGUGCCUCUGGCCAUAGGACUAACUGGACAGAGAGUAUUGGGUGUACCGAUCAUAGUACAAGCAUCACAGGCAGAGAAAAACAGAGCAGCAGCAAUGGCAAAUAAUCUGCAGAAGGGCAGUGCUGGUCCUAUGAGGCUUUAUGUGGGAUCAUUACACUUCAACAUAACUGAAGAUAUGCUUCGAGGAAUUUUUGAGCCAUUUGGCAGG